AUGGCACCGCACACCCUUGAGACACUUCCCAUAGAACUACUGAUUCUCGUCUUGUUGGAACUACCCGACCGAGCUUCUUUGAAGGCCGCGGUGACUGCUUCGUCUUCUUGCCACAGAGCCUAUGUGGCUGCACGGCAAGAUGUGCUCUGGUGCAUACUCCAGAAGCAAUGGGGCAACCUCCUUGAUCUAUCUGAGGCAAUCAUUGCUGUCCGAUCCGAAGGUCUUUGGUAUGCGCAUCACAAGGAAGAGGCCACUGCAUUAUUGGAUACUUGGCGCCGAAGCCAAGAAGUUAAUGCGCUUAUUCUGACGCCCACGGCUCGAACCAAUAAACCACGGAGUGUCGAGGAAAUCAUCAAGCUUUUCACCUUGCACAAGCGGCUCAAUUUCUUCCUGGAUGACUAUUCCCUCUAUGUACCGCGCCCCGAGUGGAUCGAGCCUGCUCAUUGGAAUGAGCUGCUACCCCUACAGCUCUCUGAUGUAGAGAAACGGCGCUUCCUGAGGGCUAUGUGUCGCCUGCAAAUCCAUGCUAACAUCUUCGGGACCCCCGAGAGAUCUCUUGAUCCCCAAGCACCCCCUCCUGUCCUCAACAACUGGGCGGUCGGCAGCUACUAUACUGAAAACAACGUCCGCACACAUGCAUACCGUCUUUUCUUCGGCACGAUGCCUCCGUGGGAGUACCAUGAGAUGGGAUGCGCCUGGUCAUACCUUCAAUCGAAAUACACCCAGGUCGUUACAACUAUCGCUGAUGAUCUGACCCAGCUCGUAAGAUCGGAACUGGCAACCUCAGACAGUCAACUGAACGAUCGAAUCGACUUAGUACCGCUUCAUAAGAUACUUUCAAAAGAUCAAUUACCUUACUCUGGGUUCGUGCAAACCUUGGAGCAUCUAGAGAACUCUCAGGCGAUCGUUAGCGGCUUGACGUCGAUUGGACCCGAUCUUCUUUAUCGUGUACUCCAUUCAAAAGGUGUUGAUCAGCGCAAUCUAGUCCUGAAUAAUGCGCAUUCCCAUCAUCCAUGGAUCGGCCACAGGGUUGGUAUCCGCCCGGAGGAAGAUGCCUUGCCCAUGAUUUAUCCGGCAGAUCGACAUGCAAUUCCCAAUUUUGAGCAUUUCUGGUCAACCUUACCGCCAAUCGAACGGCCCAAUGCGGGCUGGCGGUUAGACAGCGUGAUGCCCGCUAGACCGGAGACCGAAUUCGAAGACGCUUUGUGGCUGUCGCUCCUCAAUAAAGAGGAAUGGAAUUGGGGCUAUGCCUUCUGGGAUGAAGUAAGGUUGCGAGAAUGGGAUGCGCCGCUGUUGGAAACCCCCUGGGCCCGCCAGCCUGAGCCUGGGCCCCUACUUCUACUCCCUGCGCCUUACUACGACACGUACACUGAGGUCUCAUAA